AUGGGAGUAGCCUUGACUAGAGCAGCUCAGUGGACCGCAGCUGGAUCUGGAACUGGCACCUUAGAAAUUACCCCCCUGAAUGAAUCUCUUUUGAAUGAAAUUAUCAAGUUUACAGAAACAUUUAGUGGCAAGCAUCCCCAGGAAGCAGCGUUUGUCUUUAAAGAACCACUUGAAUGGCAUACAAAACUAGAACCAUCUGCAUUUGAAGCAGGCUAUGAUGUCAGUGAAAAAAGUGUUCAGUCUCAAGAAAAAGACAAAAAUGGACAGCCACUUCUCCUUCUUAAAGGAUCAACUAUUAGCGUUCGCAGUUUUGGGCAGCUGUCUCACUUGCUCUCUAUUGCUGGGAAAAAAAGACUAAAAGAAGCGCAGGCAUGUCUUGAAGCUAAUAGAGAUCCCAUUAUGAAAAUUCUUGGCCCUGGAUAUGGAACAAUUGAAGGAGAAGAUUUGUCCAUGCUUCGUUUACUAGACAAAAUUAAAAAGGAUGAUGCAUCAGACAAUGAAAUUAAAAUGAAAAUUUCCCUACUACUUCAGCAAUUGGAUAUGCAGUUGCUCAACAGCUCGCUGAAACAGAUAUCACAAGAAGUGAGAUUAACACCAACUGCUGUGAAAAAUGAAGUAGAAUUGCUUAAGCAUUUCUCUGGGCCAAUGGAAGAUGCAGUCCUUGAAUCACUAGACUAUAUAUCAGAUUAUGAAUUCUUCAAUGGAUGUCGUGCCCCACCUUGGAGACAAGUACAUGGAGAAAUUUGCUAUUUAUCAAUUAAACCACGUGAUACAGAUGUUAUGUUUGUUACUUGUAGCACAGCAGGAAUAUUCUUAAAUGGUGGAAGAAGCAAUGAGAGAGAUGAAAUUGAUUAUGAGAGGAAAAGUGACAUAUAUAAAGAUCUUGUCACAUUUUUAAGAGAACGAUCAGCAGUAUUUGUAGAAAAUAUGGUUAAGCAGAAAUAUACAUUUUUUGAUGAGCCAAAGUAUGAAAAGCAUUAUCAACAUAUGGAAGCAGUUGAGGGAGAAGAAUAUGGCCAAGCCCCAAAAUUUUACGACUAUGCGGAAAAGAAUGUAUUUGAAAAGCCUAAGAGUCCUCUUGUAAAAAGUAAACCUCCUGACAGCAAAAAAUUAGAACCAUCUCUUAAGUGGAAGACAACAACAGGCACUCGAGAAGGCAAAGCAGCAAGAAAAUGUGAUGAAAAAGAAAUCAAACAUGCCACUCCAGAAAGCAAAAAAAGAUCCACUGGAACACCAACUGCCUCUCUUAAAAGUAAACUUCCACCAAAAAGUGAGGAUGCAAGUGAAAGUUCUUCUGAGAGUGAAGAAGAGGAUGAACAGCCUGAACGCCAUCAGGAAAUUAACACUGAUUUGCCAUCAGAAUAUUGGCAGAUUCAAAAAUUAGUGAAAUAUAUAAAGGCAGGUAACCAGACAGCUACUGUAAUUGCAUUGUGUUCAAUGAGAGAUUUCAACUUGUCUCAAGAAACGUGCCAGUUGGCAAUUAGAGAUGUUGGGGGUCUUGAAGUGCUGAUUAAUUUACUUGAUACUGAAGAAAUCAAAUGUAAGAUUGGUUCAUUAAAAAUCCUGAAGGAAAUUAGUCAAAAUGCUCAGAUAAGACGUACGAUUGCUGAUCUUGGAGGAUUGCAGAUCAUGGUUACUAUACUUGAUUCUCUAGAUCAAGAUUUGAAGUGUUUGGCUGCUGAAACAAUAGCUAAUGUAGCUAGAUUCAAACGAGCCCGAAGAACAGUCCGUCAGCAUGGUGGAAUCAAGAGACUAGUUGGGCUGUUAGACUGUUCUGCAAGUCUCAAUCAGCUUCAGGGAAAGGAAAUAGAAGUAGCACGCUGUGGUGCUUUGGCACUAUGGAGCUGCAGCAAAAGUGCUAGGAAUAAAGAAGCAAUCCGUAAAGCUGGAGGCAUCCCCCUGCUGGCUCAGUUACUGAAGUCUCCUCAUUCAAAUAUGUUAAUACCUGUAGUAGGAACUUUGCAAGAGUGUGCCUCUGAGCCCAGCUACAGACUAGCAAUCAAACAAGAGAAAAUGAUUGAAAAUCUCGUGAAAAAUCUGAACAGUGACAAGGAAGAGUUGCAAAUGCAUUGUGCCAGUGCAAUCUUUAAGUGUGCUGAAGAUCAAGAGACUCGUGACCUUGUUAGGCAACAUGGAGGCCUGAAACCUCUUGCUACUUUAGUUGCUAAUUCUGGAAAUAAAGAACUUCUGGCAGCAGUGACAGGAGCAAUCUGGAAAUGUGCAAUCAGCAAAGAAAAUGUGACAAAAUUCCGGGAAUACAAAGCCAUAGAAGCUUUGGUUGGCUUGCUAACAGAUCAGCCAGAAGAAGUUCUUAUAAAUGUGGUAGGUGCCCUCGGUGAAUGUUGUCAGGAACAAGCCAAUCGGACCAUUAUCCGUAGAUGUGGUGGAAUCCCAUCUCUUGUUGCCUUACUCACUGGAACCAAUCAAGCUCUUCUUGUGAAUGUGACUAAAGCUGUGGGGUCUUGUGCAACUGAACCAGAAAAUAUGGCGAUAAUAGAUCGCUUGGAUGGCGUUCGCUUAUUAUGGUCAUUGUUGAAAAAUCCUCACCCAGGUGUUCAGGCCAGCGCAGCCUGGGCUAUCUGUCCUUGUAUUGAAAAUGCAAAGGAUGCUGGUGAAAUGGUUCGUUCGUUUGUUGGUGGUUUGGAACUAAUUGUUAAUCUUUUAAAAUCUGAAAGUAAAGAAGUUUUGGCAAGUGUGUGUGCUGCAAUCACCAACAUAGCAAAAGACGAAGAGAAUUUAGCUGUUAUAACAGAUCAUGGUGUUGUUCCUUUAUUAUCCAAAUUAGCAAAUACAAACAAUGACAAAUUAAGGCGGCAUUUAGCUGAUGCGAUUUCUCGCUGCUGCAUGUGGGGAAGUAACAGGAUUGGUUUUGGAGAUACCAAAGCUGUUGCCCCUUUGGUACGUUACCUGAAAUCAAGUGAUCCAGAAGUUCACCGAGCUACUGCACAAGCACUGUAUCAACUGUCAGAGGAUCCCAACAAUUGCAUUACCAUGCAUGAAAAUGGAGUGGUAAAGCUUCUGCUGGGGAUGGCAGGCUCUACGGAUGAAACUCUUCAGGAAGCUGCAGCUGGUUGCAUAGCAAACAUCCGCAGGCUGGCUCUGGCUACAGAGAAAGCUAAGUAUGGCUGAAACUCCAAGCAGCUUUUAUCAGGCCCUGUCAACUUUUUCUGUAUAAUGUACUGU